GGCAGCUGACGAAGCCUAGGAUCGGUCAUUACCUUGACAAGCGUCGCACCUGCAGGUAGCAUUUCAAAAGAGAAAAGGGAAAGACCAUGCGGUACGGAGGGAACUGCAAGUAGACCGCUUCUCCCCCGAUCUUGGAGUUUCCUUUUCAUCGUCUCUCAGGCAAGACAAGAUGAAGCCCGCCAUUGCCAUUCCCGCAACGCUCCUGCUCGUCUACCGGGCCUACUCCAAGAAAUCGCUGACGCCGGGCGGUCUCUUGGCCGCGACCUUGACGGCGAUUGCGCACGCCAUUCAUCCCUGGAACCUGCCCUUUGCCCUUCUCGUCGUGUUCUUCCUAGCCGGGACGCGGGCCACCCAUGUUAAAGAGAACGUCAAGGCUAAUCUCACGCUGAAAUCCGGCGGCACAUCUGGCGGUGAGGGCCCUCGGACCCACGUCCAGGUGUUUGCCAACUCGCUCAGCGCGUCUAUCUUUUCCCUGCUGCACGCCUACCAGCUGCGGUCUCGCCAACGGGCGCUGCUCAACUCGCCCAGCGACGAUGCCGGCAGCCUCUGCUUCGCCUGGGGCGGCGACCUGCUGGUGAUUGGCAUCAUUGCCAACUACGCCUGCGUCGCAGCCGACACGCUCAGCUCCGAACUGGGUAUCCUGGCCAAGGGCGAGCCACGGCUGAUCACCAGCCCGACGCUGCGAAAGGUGCCCCGAGGGACCAACGGCGGCGUAACCCUAACGGGGCUUGCUGCCGGGCUGCUCGGCAGCGUCAUCAUCGUCACGGCGGCGAUGCUGUUCCUGCCCUUCUGCACCGACGAGACCGCGGGCAGGCUGGGCGGCGGGGCGCCGUGGUCGACCGAACAGCGGCGGACGUUGAUCCUGGGGCUUACGCUCUGGGGUCUUUUGGGCAGCAUUGUCGACAGCAUCCUCGGCGGACUUUUCCAGAGCAGCGUCAAGGAUGUCCGCAGCGGCAAGAUUGUGGAGGGGGAGGGCGGUGUGCGGGUGCUCGUGUCUGCCGGCGCGGGCCCCCGUGGCUCGGAACGCGAACACGACGCGACGACUGACGGGGCGUCUGCUGUCGAGGACACCGAUCCGACCUCGGGGUCAGCAGCCGGGACCACGCCCCGCCCAGACAGGUACAACGCGCGCAACAAGCACCGCAGGCCGAGUUUUGGGAACGAGAAGCCGUCCAGAAUAGUCGAGAAUGGCUGGGAUCUGUUGGACAACAACGAUGUCAACUUCUUGAUGGCCUUUGGCAUGAGCGUUGGCGCCAUGGCGGUGGCUUCUUGGUACUGGCAGGUGCCGCUCCGGUCGGUUUUCCCGGGAGCCUAAGGCCUGUCCUUCCUUCCGGUCUGGUUUCGCUGGGUUCUUGGAGCGGUUUACAUCUUGCGUUCGCGAGCAGAAGAAGCAGAAGGGCCCCGGGCCAUCGCAUGUGCAUGUACAGUCACAUCCAAAAAGUGAUUAGCCACAUCAGGAUUAGUAGGUCUUUUAUACACCACCCCACCAUCUUAUAAGACAUAUAGCAAUAGCAACACUAGGCAUUUGAACAUAGAAAUAG